CACACACACACACACACACACACACACGCACACACUUGGAGAGCGCGCGCAAGGCAGGAAAACCUUCCCCUCCUUUUCCAAGGCUCAAGGCUGCACUUCUUGGAAGUGUAGAGAGGAGAGAGUGAGCAGGGAGCGGGCUUUUGUCUGUUGGUCUCCCUGGACUGAAGAGAAUAGAAGUCCAAGACUAUUAAGAUUCUCAAAAUGGUUUAUUACCCAGAGCUCUUUGUCUGGGUCAGUCAAGGACCAUUUCCAGACAAGGAAAUGGAUGGAAGUCUUCCUAAGGGAAGAUUUCCUGUCCCAAAGGAAGUGAACCGCAAGAAAGAUGAGACCAGUGCUGCCCACCAGACUCCACUGGGCAGCAAUGAACGCCGCUCCCCAAGUAUCAGUUACCUCCACUCUUUUUAAUCGUGACACCUCCAUUUGUAUUACAUAUGGUGUAUGGGUAUUGAUGAGGUCAUGGUAUCAUAUAUGGGAUUUUUUUCUGUGUAAAUCAUCGAGUGUAAGAAGAAACUAUGGGACUCUGAGCCUUGCUUUACAGAAUUUACAGUGGACAAACAGGUAUCAUCAAACCAGUUUUUAAUCAUCCUGACUCAAGUGAAAACGCUCAGAAUUUCACACUGUGAAUCCACGUUUACAAACCCCUACAGAUGGGCCUUCAGGCCUGGUUCGCCACGACAAUGUCUUCCACAACUCAAACCCCUGCCGUGCUUACAUGACCGGUCCACUCUGCCUUCUCGCUCACACAGCUCCUGACUGCUUUUGUGCAGAGGCUGAGAGUCCCCAUUUUUUUUUUCAUUUAGAUGUAACAUGCCUAGUAGUUUAUGUUCAUCAAUUGUCUGUAUAUCUCUAUAUUUUAUCCAUGUACUCUUUUGAUGUAUAGAAGUAGUUCGAAACUCAUUGUUUCCUUGUGGUAAGUGACCGAGAUGCUGCCACAGGACCUGAGACACUGAUGAAUGGUGCUAUUUUGGACUUUCAACAUGCUCCUUGGCGAGGUAGCUCUGAUGGAGUUAUUUUUUAUUUCCAUGUUCUAAGAAGGUGUUGGUACUCUGUUUCCCUGAAUGUCGUUCUCUAGACUGGAUUGACUUGUUUCCUUGUGUCUUCAGUGUGGCUUUCUUCCUCAGUGCUGUAGGUUGAAUGAAUGCUACCGAGAGUGUGAGAGCCUGCCGUCCCACUGGCUGGCACUCCUGGACAACGCAGUCAGCGUAGCGGGAGCAAUUGCAAAACUGUAAUUUACUUACCAAAUCUCUUCCUUUCCAUAGCCUCGCCUGCCUGACUUAGAGAAAGAAAAGCAAUAAUUUUACAGGCAUUUUGAGGUGUCUCUUUGGAUUCUUUUCUGUUUGACUGGAUAUUUGGGGGAAGGGGAA